AUGGCAAGGAUCUGGGAGACGGCCAAAUUAUUAUACGCCGUAGAGCGGGGAAGACCCCGGGAAAGUGACGUCACCAAGCGGAGCUCCCCUUCCCCUCUCACAGCCCAACAUCCAGGGGACUCUGUGGUUCUCUACAACAGUCACCCACUGGCAGUCUCAUGUCCGAACCGGCUGAAGGGACCAACAGCCAUGGUGUCGAUGGGAAAGUCCGGUUGUCCGAGUGUCCACAAACGCAGCUGGACGGACCGCGCGCGUGCUCCCACACCUGGCCAGCAGCGGCACCGGAAGCAGACCCUCACGGCCCGGCUCAGCGACUCCGGCUUCGAGGAGGACUUAGGAUCCUCCCCCGGUCCGGCUCGGGCAGACGGACCGGAGGCUCCAGCAGCGGGUCACCUGUCCGGGACCUGGUGCCUCCAGUACGGACACAUAGGCUUCAGCAUAGAGAGACAGAAAGAGGCGCACUUUCAUCCGUGCAAAAGCCUGGAACGACAACCGCAGCUGACUGCAGACGCCCGGUGCAGGCUGGUCAGCUGGCUCAUCCCUGUGCACAAAUACUUCCAUCUGUCCUUCGAGUGCUGCUGCCUGGCCGUCAACAUCAUGGACAGGUUCCUCACUUCUACACCGGUGGCUGCAGACUGCUUUCAGCUUCUGGGUGUCACUGCUCUUCUUCUGGCCAGUAAACAGGUGGAGGUGUGUUCACCGCGGAUCAGCCAGCUCUUGUCCUUGUGUUGUGACGCCUUCACCAAGGAGCAGCUCUGUAACCUGGAGUGUCUCAUCCUCCUCCGGCUGAACUUCUGCCUUGCUGCUCCAACCCUGGCCUUUUUUCUGGACUAUUACACCAACUGCAUCGAGAGGAAGAAUCCAGACAUAAAAAGAUCUAAAGACCGCAGCUUCCUUGCACAAAAGAUGUGCGAGUUAAGUCUGGCAGAUUACGCUUUCAACAAAUAUCCACCAUCUCUGACUGCCAGCUGUGCACUGACUUUAGCCAAUGAGUUACUGAAAACCACUCAAGGGUCCGUUCCUCAGGCAUCCAUCCAAUCACAGGGGGAGCAGUGGGACGCAUUCAUGGAUGAGCUGUAUGAAUCCAACACUUCAACAGCAGACAGUGUUCCGUCCCAAAUACCUGACAUCGCUCACUGUCGUCCAGACUACAGUCUUGCCCAGGAAUGUAAAAAUAACCUCAAGCUGUUGGCAUCACUAAAUCAGGAGGCAUUAGAGAUCAUGUGACUCCUCUAAUACUUUGACAAAAUGCAUAAAUAUAAUUAUAUUUACAUUUAUAGGCUUUAAAAAGAAGAUAAAAGUGUGCUUGAUACAGUACACUUGUCCUCAUAAAUGAUAAUGAAUGUUUACAUGUUGUUUUAUUUCAUUUUUAUUUUCAGACUAUAGAAGAAUGUUUACCGAGAGUAGAAAUGUGUAUUUCCUUUGAAUUCAUUUUACCUCAAAGCAUUAUUUUCUGUAUAUGCACUGAUUUUAUGCAGGCUCACGUAUUAUGUUAAUAUUGCAAUCAUGUAA